GUCCUCGCUGGUGCGUGCAUGCAGCCACGCUGUGUCACUUCUAGCAUUUGUUUACUUGAUUUUGUCUCACACGGGGAGACGUGCAAUUUCGCCUCCUUGUUCUUGUGUUUUAGCCUAUACACAGUCCCGGCUGGCAUUGCUCACCAAAAUCCCGCUAUAGUCUCACCAACUCUGAUUGUCUCUCGUGUUGCGACAUCCGCGCUGCCACAUGGUGAGUUUUGUUUCAGACGCCGCUCUCUCCGCGACUUUGUCCGGACGCUGAGGAACAGGUGGAGGGAGGACCGAGGAGGAACUCCGCUUUUUCAUAUCAGGACAGCCGGAGCAUGCACAAGGGAAAGCGCGCGGCGGCGGCGUCCCCUCUGCAGGAGCAACAGCUGAUUUGGUGAGCGCGUAAGCAGAGAGUGCAGGCUACUUACUGUCGGUGCACAGCCAGACUCCUGCUCUGUCACUCGGGCUCAGACGGUGACUGUGUCGGUGGCAGCAGAGCGCGGCGACUCAGUGGACAUUACGGUACCGGGACAGACUGGAAAGAGAGAGAGAGAGGGAGAGAGAGCAGCGCGCACUGACAGGAGAGCUCAGCCUUGACACCGACGGUUUUUAUGGAAAUAUCACGAGUUGAAAGCGAACAUAAACACUUUGCAUGAAGACGUCGGGAAGCAGACGAAUUGGAUUAUACGGCUCUGUCCACUUUUGCCUCGACUGAGAAGAGUUGACCAGAAAUUUAAAAAAAAAAUGUUUACCGGGCAUCAGGCCGUGUAUUAGGGCUCUUUUGCUUCCGGUAUAAGGCCCAGCUGAACAAGAAACCGAGCAGUUUUCUCUCUCCCACACACUUUUUUUUUUUGGAAGCCGAACUUUUGAGAGUGGAAAAUGGGUCUUUGAGAGUGUUGGCACAUUUCCCUACACCACAAUGGCAACCGAAACCUUUCUGUUGAACGAAGAACCCUCCAGAGGUCCUGGGAUGCCUGAAUGCUUUGUAGUAUCAGAUUCAUACAGGGAUGAAUUUCAUCCCUUCAUUGAGGCCCUCCUCCCCCAUGUCCGUGCCUUCUCGUACACCUGGUUCAACCUGCAGGCCCGCAAGCGCAAGUACUUCAAGAAGCACGAAAAGAGGAUGACCAAGGACGAGGAGCGCGCGGUGAAGGACGAGCUGUUGGGUGAGAAGCCAGAGAUCAAGCAGAAGUGGGCCUCGCGCCUGCUGGCCAAGCUCCGCAAGGACAUCCGGCCCGAGUUCCGCGAGGACUUUGUGCUCACCAUCACGGGGAAGAAGCCCCCCUGCUGCGUGCUGUCCAACCCCGACCAGAAGGGUAAGAUCCGCCGCAUCGACUGCCUCCGCCAGGCCGACAAGGUGUGGCGACUGGACCUGGUGAUGGUCAUCCUGUUCAAGGGCAGCCCCCUGGAGAGCACGGACGGGGAGCGGCUGGUCAAGUCGCCCCAGUGCUCCAACCACGGCCUGUGUGUCCAGCCGCACCACAUUGGAGUGACGGUCAAGGAGCUGGACCUCUACCUGGCCUACUUCGUCCACACACCAGAACAAUCAGGACAAUCAGACAACUCAAACCAGCAAGGAGACACAGACGUCAAACCCCCACCAAAUGGCCACUUGAGUUUCCAGGACUGCUUUGUGACUUCAGGGGUGUGGAACGUAGCCGAGCUGGUCCGCGUGUCGCAGACCCCGGUGGCUACAGCGACCGGCCCCAACUUCUCCCUGGCUGACCUGGACAGCCCUGGAUACUAUAACAUCAACCAGGUGACCCUGGGACGGCGCUCCAUCACCUCCACCCCUUCCACCAGCUCCAACAAGCGCAAGUCCAUUGACGACAGUGAGAUGGAGAGCCCGGUGGACGAUGUCUUCUACUCAGGCCGUUCCCCAGCAGCUGGCAGCAGCUCUCAGUCCAGCGGUUGGCCUAAUGAUGUGGAUGCAGUGCAGCACCAUUUGGCCAGUGUGCAGGAGAGGAAGAUUAAGCAUGAGAGCGAUGGAGUGCAGUUUCCUUACCAUGGACUGUCAUCGCCUGGUUCUCUUAAGAAGCCGGGGAAAUUCGAUUUCAGCGCCCUGUCCUCCCAGACGAGGUCCCCCCGCAUGGCGUUCACCCACCACCCACUGCCAAUGCUGGCGGGAGUGAGACCAGGGAGUCCCCGUGCUUCAGCCUCGGCCCUGCACUUCCCGUCUCCCUCCAUCAUCCAGCAGUCUAGCCCCUAUUUCACCCACCCAACCAUCCGUUACCACCACCACCCUGGACAGGACCCCCUGAAGGAAUUUGUGCAGUUUGUCUGUGCUGAUGGCUCGGGGCAGGCCGCUGGACAGCAUACUCCACGCCAGGCGCCACAGCUCCCAACAGGUUUGUCGGCAUCGGAUCACGGGACAACAACUUUCUGAACAUCCCGCAGCAGACACAGUCUUGGUUCCUCUGACAAGAUCUGUGUACAAACCAGCAACUAGAAUUCUUUCUUUACAAUCGGAAAUAGAAAAACAGAGAAACAACCCGCAGGAUAAUAAUUGUCCUCCAACCAACCCACCGACCGGCCCUGACAGUACGUCUCACUUGAUACAAAAUAUAACCAAGCAACACAGGAAAACGCAGCAGCAUGACACUUUUAGAGGAACUCUGGACUCAUUUACCCAGUCAGAGGGAGGACCCGUUUUAAGCAAGGAUGGAUAGAUGGAAAGAUGAAUGGAUGGACAAGAGGAUGCCAGGAUAGAGAAGGAGCAAGGGGACAAACGGCACCAAGCAGGCAUCACUCCUGAAAAACCACCGAACCAGCACAACACAGCCGCAAACGCAGGAGGAACCUGAGGAUGAAAAAGUGGUCAACUUCUCCUACUUCGUGAGGACGCAUUGUGUAAUGAAUGGCAAAGAAAAUCAACUGUCCAACAAAAGACGAAACAUGUAACCUACAAAGCUACACCCACCAUGACGAGACACAAUUGGGUUCCCAAUGAAAGCUGCAGUCCGUGCUCCUGCUAUGUCAGUCAUCAUCCAAAACGAAAUCAAAUUGACCGUUUCUCUCUCUGAAUGACCAUUGACUCUAUAAAGCCCCCUUUUAACCCUACUACUUACUAGAGAGAAACCAUGCCAAAAUAUUUCUUGAUCAAGGGUUGCACUACAAGCUGAAUCAAUUAACACUAAUUUUAACGAUGUGCACUAGUUUACCUAUAAGGCAUGGGAGGUAAACCAGACUUGCCUAUCAAGAGUUUUAAAGUGGAAGAAAAAUCAAGGUACAAGAAGCCUUCGCCUGUCCUCAACCCCCAUCGUUCAGUUCAACAAAUCAUUGGCCUCCGCUCAUUCUCACAUCUCCCCGCACCACACACACACACACACACUCACUACAAUCUGUGCCAUGACCGCAGCAUGUAUGUACAAUUGAAAACACACACACACACACACAUUUGCCCAGUCUCACCUUUUAGAUUGUAGUAUUUAUAGGUGGUGGUGUUGUGUUAUGAUAUUUUCAUUUUACAUGCACAUUCAGAAAAGCCCAGUGAACUCUCUAUUUGAUUAGAUGUCCAAACCAACACACAUGCUGAAAGUCACAGUGUUGUGUGUACUUCAGUACUGACAGUUCUCAUGACUAUAGACAGCAGCUAUUGAUUCCCCUUUGUGCCCUCUUGUAAUGUAGAUGAAUGGUUUUGUUCUAUUGUGUGCUCUCUUAUUUGAAUUUAUUCCUUUUGGAUUUGUGCUAUUUUAUAAUUGUUUUAUAUUUGAAUGACAGCACCUUACAGAGAAACACAGUAAGAAGUGGGAUAUGGAAGCAGCACAGACAGGGUGGUUAGCUUAUCCGGAUCAAUUCGUAGUUGCAAAAAGUUAAAGAAAAGGUUUGAUACUUUGGGAAAUGCACUUAUUCACGGUGUUACAGGUGAAGACCAAUGCGACUCUUGUAUCUGUACAGUAAAUAUGAAGCUACAUCUAACAUACAUCAGCUUGACACAAGGGGAAACAGCUAGCCUAGCUCUGUCCACAUUUAACAAAUACUACAAACCAGCACCUCGAUUGUUUAAUCGUAGAUAAAACCUGAACUUUAAAAACGACAAAUUGAUGUUUUGUGAUGGUUGGGGCUUAAUAUUCUGAGUCUUAACUUCUGUAAAACGGUAAAUUGUAGUUUUUAUACAGAUUAAAGAUUGCAUGUGUUGCCUUUGGACACAGCCAGGGAAGGUGUCUCCCCUUGAUUCCAGGUUUUAUGCUAAGCUAAACUAACGAGCUGCGGGCUGUAGCUUCGUGUUAACCGUACACACUCAGGAGUGGUAGCGAUCUUUCCGUCCGACUCUAAGCAAGGCAGCGAAUGAGGGCAUUCUCCAGCCUUUUCCUAAGACAUGGUUCUUGCUUGUUCUCAGUGCCAGAUGAACCCAUUUGCCACAUACUCUACUACAGGACCACACAGUGCAGGGUUUUGACAAUCACAGGAAGCCUGUGUUCUGGGAACUUCACCUGCCGAACCAUACAGGUCAACGAAAAACUGCUAAUGAGCCGCAUCUGCUAUUUGACCCAGGUACUGCUGCUGACUGGUGAUGGUGAAAUGUGAGUGACAGGAGGAAAAAAAAAAAACCAAGAAUCAAGGAGGGAAGGUUGCUGAAGAUGGGACCCAGAGUAAAAGAGAGAGUAAGCUCUUCUUUCUGUCUCCCUAAAGUUUACCCUGUUGUUUACACUCCCAGACGGGCCGCUGCUCCAAGAGCAGAGGGAGCCACACUGCGGAGCAAAAUGAAUAUGUGACAUAUCUGGCUGUUUUCAGUAGGAGGAUCACACAUGUGCCCAUUUUUAGGUGCACAGGUGUCAGGUAAAGGAUAUGGGUUGCUAUAGUAAUCCCCCCCCCCCUCCCCCCACCCCAGCACACACCCACACACGCACGCACACCAGCACUCCCCCUUGCUAUUGUGAAUCGAUGAGCCCUUAAUGAUCAAAACUGCACUAAAACAAUCAUGCCAGCCAACCUUGUGAGUUUCUUUUUUUUCGUACGAAUUACAGUAGAUUGACCACCACUUAGUGUCCCAAGUCAGCGGAUGUAUUACUGGGAUAGAAACGCGCUUGUAGAGCACAGAUCGCCACUUCCGAAACACGCAGACGAUUAAUGCAAACACAUCCCCCAGUGCCCGAAUGAAUUCAAAGGGAAGUCUUAAAUCUAGACAAUCUGAGGAGGCCUUUAUGCUUUUAAUCAUUUUGUAUCACGAGCCCAAACAUAUUCCGACUGAUUGAGUUAUCUCCUGUUCAAAGUUGAAUUUAAAUCACCCAUCCAACCUCACAAAAUAACUGGACUGCCUGGCCAUGUUCUUCACUGCAGGGAAACACAACAUAGUUGGCCAACGACUGGCGACCAUCUCAUCAGCUUCGUAGAGAGAACUAGCUCCGCUGAGUAAGACGUUAACGAUGGCUAAGGUGAUUUCUUUUCUAAUCUAUGGAAGUGCCUCUGUAUUCCCAUUAUGCAAUUUGUCAAACAUGAAUUCAGGUUCUUUUUCUCACAUAUAAGCUAUAGUGAAUGGUGAAAAAUUUAUGUCAGGAGAGGGGAAAAAAAACGGUGACAGCUCACUAGAUAAUCGCAAGCAUCUUUAUAUAUAAUACACAUAUAUAUUUAUAGAUAUAUACAUUUUUUUUAUUUGCAAGAUAAGCUCUGUGGCAGUCUAGUUAUUUUUUGAAGCAUGGCGUACAUCGCACAGUCAUAGGAUGCAUCUCAAAAACUGCUGAUUUGAGCUAAAGUACCAGUCUCUAAAACCCACACUCGCAUGAAAUGACAUAAAAGAAAAAAGGAAAUCCAUGGCAAACACAACAAUAGAAACAGAGACAGUGAUGAUAAUGUAGUUGAGGAUUUAAAAAAAAAAAAAUCAGAUUAGGUUUUGUUGUUUUCUUUCUUGUUUUGAUGGGAAGUAUUGUUCUUGAAACUAAAUGAUGUAUGUUGAUUGAGCCAUGUGCAAUGCCUUGGUAGAGGAAUUGUGUUUGUUUGUUAGCGAUUGUUUGAGGGUGUCAUGAGAAAAGAGGGAAAACCCUCUACUUUUUUUUUUCCUUUGUUUUUCAAGUCCACGUGCUCUGGGACUCUAAAUACAAGGGCGGCAAGAAAAAAAUCCCAGUCUUUGUAAGUAAGUUUGAGGAAACUGUUUUUAAUUUCCUUUUAUUUUUAUUAUUUUUUUCCUUUUAUCACUUUUUUAAGAAAAAGUUCAUUUCUAAUGAUUUGUUUUCAAAAUGUGGGAGGGCUGAAGGAACAAUUUUGCAACUCAUAAAAUAUAUAUCACUAUGAAAACUGGUGCUUUCGUAAAGAAUUAAAAGUACAUUCAAUCUCUAUUAUACAUAAAUAAUAAUAAACAAAAUUAAGUGUUAUCAUAAAAGCAAAUUUUAGGAAAACAUGCAUUAUUCUAUUUCUCUUUUUGUAUUUACCGAGGGGGGAGGGGUUCAGUGUAUGAAAAGGUUGUUGUGACAAAAGGCAUUUUUCCUCCCCAACCUUUACACCACAGCAGAGGAAUAGUCGUAGGGGGGGAAAAAAAGAAAACAAAAAACCCAAAAAACAUCUGUUUCCAGACUGUAUCAUCUCGUAUGGGCCUAAUGUGGGACAAAGACAAGAUCUUCCCCAGUUUGGGAGAUGCACAAGAGUUUUGGAUUCCCGUGUCAAAGAAAAACAAAACACAAAAUCAUGAAAGGCCUGUGAUGUCUGGCGAGAUUUUUUUUUUUUCCCCCAUUUGGUGUCAAUGUCUGGUUGGUUCAGCGAGAGGGAAUGAACAACCUCAGAGGGACGCUGUCAUCAGUUCGAUAAGAACGUGAACCCCAACCCUCCCUCUCCCCCACCCCCACCCUUUCCGAACCCCCCCCCCCCCCCCCCCCGUUUCCCACUGUAAAUGAUUAUAAAUAUUUGUUUGGUGAUGUAGUGUUAUAGACUCAGAGCAUCUUAAAGGUUGUCCCUAAAAAGUGCCUUUUGUUCACAGAUUCCAUCUUGUAAUCCUGAGUGCCCAUCUCAAAAGAAAAAAAAAGUCCCCUCCUUCAUACUUCUAUAUCUUUCUCUUCCUCUUCUUCAAGCUUUUUAAAGCAGUAUACAUAGUACUAAAGGAAAUUGGUGUGAUUUAGUUCCUCUUUUUAUUGUUGAAUAAUUAAGAAAAGCUGAAAAAAAAAGGACAAAAAAAGAUAUUUUCUGUCUUGCUUCUCUUCCUCUGUAUCUUGUCUUCUGUCUAUCUUGGACACUGGAGUAGUCUGUAGCUGCGUAACCUUCUCUUUCCUCCCCUCCCCUCCUUUUCUCCUUUCUCCCUUUCUCUGAAUGGCGGGGUUUAAAAAAAAAAAAAGGAAAAAAAAGAAUACGCAAAGAUUUUUUUGUCUGAGCAGAAUGCAGUUAGCUCACAUGUUAUUCUUGUCUGUACGCUUCACAUUGUAUUACCAUACCCAUCUUCUUCAGCUUCUCCAUUCAACAGCUAAUGUAAGUGAACAAGUUACACCACGGGGCUCUGGGCUGUGCUGAGGACAGGGUCUGAGUCAGGGCAAAGAAAUAGUUCCCCCCCCUGGGAGCGGUCAAUUACAAAUGAACCCAGGCGGAGGGAUGAAGGCACUCACGGGAACUUUCUUUUUGGUUUUGGACUUUGGCGAGGGAGAUGACCAGUAGGACUGCUAGUAUAGGCAGGUUUGUUUGUGAUUCUUGUUUCUAUCUAUUUAUUUUAAUUUUUUUUUUUAUAAUUGAAUUUGGAUUUGCUUUUUGAUUACUUUUUGUCAUUGUUACUGCGUAUCUUAGGCAGCAGUGAGAUGCUGCGUUGAGACCUUCAGUUAUGCACCUUUCUAGUGGUUGAAUGAGACCAGCUGUUUAAAAAAAAAAAAGAGAAAAAAAAGGAAAAAAGUGAAACUGAAAAAUAACUCGAAGCACCUUAUAAAGCGGACCGG